AUGAACUCCUGGAUGGACGCUGUCCUUGUGGUAAAUGGAAUUUUUGUCGCUGGCAUUCUGAUUGAAAUCGUCUACAUUUUUUUUAAGCUAUGCAGAGAAAGGGAUUUCAUGCAAAACUCAAAGUUUCAAACAUCUCAUCUAAAUCCUCCCGAAGAAUCUCAGCAGCAAGAAGAAAGAAUACAAGUUGUAAUAAACAUCCCACAUGAGAUUCAGCAGCAAGAACGGACAGAACAUGAAACAAACAUCCUGCAUCUGCCAAGCGGGCCUGAACAACUCGUAAAAUCACCGCUUCAGGAAUUCAUCCAAACUACGAAGAAAAUGAUUAUGGACGACACUUAUCAACCUCCACAACUCCGGUCGCUUUUUCCAAGUCCUCCUGGCAAAGGACACCCACCUAAACAUUUGACUCUAGAUCAGAUUUACACAAACCUUGUUGUUGUACCUGACAUGGCUGAUUAUGACUUUACUAACGACAGAGAGAAGAAUUUACAAAUCUACGCCAAGCGGGAUGAGAAAAACGAAACACCGAGAGGGCCAGAGGACAUUCUUAAUCACGAAAACAAACACAUUUUGAUCGUCGGUCGUCCCGGUAUUGGAAAGACUCUUUGUUGUACAAAAAUUCUCAGAGACUGGGCAUCUAACAAAGUAUUAGAUCAAACAGCCGAUAAUAAAAUCCACUUUGAUGCUGCUUUCUUUGUCAAAUUCAGAACAUGCAACGCUGCAACCGACCUUAGCCUUCGGGAGCUACUGACCCGCUCCACAUACUCACCCAGGAACGAGAUGGAUGAGGAAGUCUGGAAUUACAUCCUAGAAAACCCCCAGAAUGUUCUCCUUAUUUUCGAUGGAAUUGAUGAAUUUAAAUUUUACUCAGAAAUCAGCGUGGAAGAUAAUAAACCACAAUUCACAAACAGCGUAGACGAGAAGAUGCCCCUCUCCGCGCUUUAUGUCAAACUAACGACUGGAAAACUUCUUAACGGGGCAGCCAUUCUAACUACUUCAAGACCUACAGCUCUGUCAUGCAUCGAAAGUAUUCCUUUUCACAAAAUCUUCGAGAUCCUUGGCUUCUCAUCCGAACAAGUCGAAGAAUAUGUAACCAAAUUUGCUGAAGAAGACAAGGAAGCAGGCGACACAGUAAAGCGUCACAUCACAAGCAACAUCAAUAUCUUAUCUCUUUGUUACAUUCCUGCGAGUUGCUUCAUCAUUUGCUCAAGUCUCUUUAAAAUGGUGAAGUUCCAUGCUUCUAAAGGUCUUAACCUACCAACAAGUUUAACAGGCAUAUACAAGAGAGCUGUGAAAAUUUUCUAUUUGAGACACAGCGAAGAAUGUCGCAAUAAACCUUUCACUCGCAAAGACUUUGAAUCAGAUGAUUUGCCCCCCGAAGAGGAAAAGAAAUUGGAGAAACUAGAAAAAUUGGCAUUUGAAGGAAUUAAAGAAGGAAGGCUGAUCUUUGGAGCAAACGAAGUACGCGGAAUGGAAGACAGCGCUCUAUUUCACCGCUUACCCGACCGCGAACUUGACUCGUUUAGUAGCGAAGGACAGUUCUGUUUUAUCCAUCUUACAAUGCAGGAGUUUUUCGCUGCAAAGCACCUGACAAACAACAUGAGUGAAACAGAAUUAAGAAACUUUGUUCAAAUGAACAUUAAGGAAGGCAAAUGGCAGCUAGUUUUUCAGUUUGUAGCAGGAUUAAUGGAGAAUAAAAAUAACCUACGAAGCGAAAUUAUCACGGACCUUCUUCCUGCGAAAACUGAAGAAAUAGAAAGCGCAGUCUACAACGUGCAGUGGCCAGAGAAUGAAGAGAAUGAAACGAAAGUGACCAGCUGGCCGACUAAAGACGAGCGAGAUUUAGCAGUGACAUUAAUGAAAUGUUUCAACGAAAAUAGUAGAAUGAAGUCAGAAGCACAGAGAAAACUUCAACAAAUUAACUUUAAUUGUGUAAAUUUUAUUCGUUGUCACCUCACAGCUGUUGAUUGCUCUUCGUUAGUAAAUGUAGUUAAUGUUCAACAAAUUUCACAUUUAGAUUUGACUGGCAGUAACAUUGGUCCAUUAGGUUGUUUAGAGAUUUGUAAAUUGUUAAAAUGCAGGGAAUCUCAACUGAGCUGGUUAAACCUCACAUACAAUCAAUUGACAGAUGAAGCAGCAAAGUAUUUAGCUGAAGCCAUCAACAACAAUAACUGUCAGCUACGCAUGUUAUUCCUUAUACAAAAUGACAUCUCAGACAUUGGAGCACAGCACUUGGCUGAAGCUAAUUGGUAUAAUUGCCAGGUUAAGACAUCUUGUCCCAUUUGCCACACUUCUUAA